UAUUAAAGGUUAUAAAAUUUUAUCUCUAUAAUGUUAUGGCGUAUAAUUUUGUUUAUUGUUACUAUCGUGUUUGUACAAUCAUACCCAAGUGAUAUAACUGAACUAGAAGACUCGCACAAUGAAUCUAAUACGGAAAAUGAAAUAACAAAUGGCAGAAUUCAUAUGACAUUGAAACAAUAUCACUGCGCAUGGAAUGAUUCGAGUAAUUCAAAGCUGCUGACAUUCGGCUCCAAAUCGUGGGUAUUCCCAAAACAAGACGUUAACUUAGUUUUGUCCUAUCCUGACAAGAAUGAAACCAUAAAGAGUAACGAUGUGAUAACCAAAUUCAAUGUAUCAAUUACGAUAGAUAACACCUACAGUAGAGGAUAUAUCACAUCUGGGGGUAUCCUUCAGGAUCACAUAUCUCUAUCUUUCGUGUUCAGCGGCAUAACAUCUCUAUCGUAUCAGUUCUGGCUGUACGGAUUGCCGGACGACUAUGUACCCCGAGUCGAUCCUCACACAAAUAUAUAUAACAUGUGCUAGAAAUGUAUAUCCACCUCUAAAUAUUUGCCAAAUAUUUGGAAUUACUCUGUUCCCUUUUGAUUGACAAACAUUUUAUGCCAGGCUAUAAACGUUUGACAAAUGUUUGGAACCACGUUGUAAAGGUUUAAAUAAAAUUUAUUAUGUAAAUACAAAGAUGUACAU